GAGCUUGACUCACACUUGCGGAAAUUUUACGCUGAAGCAAGAACAAAGAAAGGGGAAGACUACAGCCGUUCUUCGCUUCUCGGCUUCAGAAACGCAAUUGAGCGCUACCUCAACAACGCUCCCUUCAAACGAGGAAUAAAAAUGCCAGGAAACCCGGUCUUUCAGAGUUCUAACAAAAUGUUAGACGCAAAAAUAAAAAUGCUGAAAAAAGAAGGGAAAGAAAACAUUACUCACAAGCCCGCUAUAGCUCCUGAAGAUCUAACAAAAUUGAAAACCUCAAGUGUUUUCCUCCCGUCAACUCCGCUUGGACUGUUGAGAAAUGUAUGGUUUCACACCACUCUUUAUUGGUGUCGCCGAGGUCGAGAAGGUCAGCGCUCUUUAACUCCGCAAAGCUUUAUUUUUUGAUAAAGAUGCAAGAGGCUAAGCAUAUUUUACAAUGGCCCAUGACGAGAGCACCAAAAACCACCAAGGAGGAGUUGCCGACAUCACAACUUAUGAAAAAGAUGGGCGAAUGUAUGAAACUAAACAAGCAGGCGAUGGAUAUUCUGCAAUGAAGCUUUAUUUGGAAAAAAUUAAUCCAGGAUGCCAAGCUUUCUUUCAGUUUCCGAAAAGAGAUUGGCAAGCAAGUGACAACGUUUGGUACGAAAAUCGCCCACUCAGCGUCAACAAACUCGGCAACAUGAUGCGCGAGAUCAGUCAAGAAGCCCAACUUUCACGUAUUUACACCAACCAUUCUCUGCGAGCAACUGCAAUAACUUUGUGGUCGCAAGCUGGCAUUUCAAGCCGUCAAAUCAUAGCAAUUUCGGGACACCGAAAUGAGCAAAGCCUCAAGCAUUAUAACGAUCGUCCAUCUGAAAAUCAGCUACGAGAGUGCAGCAACGUUAUUUCAGAAGCAUUGGGUGACCAAAGUCCGAAUUCCCGCCGCGAUAUUUUGAUGCCAAUAACCAAUCAAUCAAGCCAGCUUUCGCUUGAAUUCGGUAGUGAAAGAGUAGUGAAUUUCUCUGGUUUAUUCAUCGCCUGCAAGUUUGGCGACGUGCACAUA